AUGAUUUUGAACCUCAUCAACACCACCGUGAAGUCUGAGGCCUUCCUCGGCGGCUUUCUCGAGCUGCAGCACCACCAGCACACCCCGCACGGUGGCUCGCAUGCAACGCCGGACAACGAAGAGGAGGCAGGGGCGGAGGAGCAGGCGACCGCGGCAGGGGCGCGCACCAAUGACGCGUGCAUGGCGAUGCUAGUCGCCGCCCUGGAGCUCUUUGCGCACUACGCGGAGCUUAACGCCGCCACCGCGAAUGACGCGGCGGUGCCCGCCUCGGCGCAACGGCAGAAGGAGAAGGGGACGCAGGAAGUGUUGCCCGUGUACGGUGAAAACAAGGCUUUCACGAUGCUGCUGGAGCUCCUCGCCGGUAACACGCUGGCUUGUGUCCUCGCAGGCAUCAAUGAACCGACCUUCGUGGCGUGCCUUGAGCGGCUUCUGACCGACCCACGUGCUGCGCUGCAGCAGAAGGGGCUGGAGGUGCUGUUGGACCGCCUACAUCACGCCUUGCCGACGGUGGAGAGCACGCUCAGUGCGGCGGAACUGGAGGAGCACCGAGAACGGCUGCGUGACCCGAAGCGCAAACUUACCCUGAUGGACCUCGUCCGCGUGAAGGCUCGCCCGCUGGCAACAAAGCGCUCGUUUGCGCUUUUUCCGCACCUCUCGUCCCUGAUGCAGGCGUCUGUGCGGUGCGCCACAGCCCAGUCCAGUGGGUCGGAUCUUGUGCAUCUACUUCCACUCACUGUGGGCUGCAUGGAGGAGCUCGUGCGCAUUAUCGGCAGCGGUGGAAGCCUGCAGGCGGAGAAGACGCUGCUCAACGUGCACCGCGCGAAUCGUGUGACGGAGGCGGUGCUUUCGAAGCUGUUUGGAAACAAGGCCCGUGUUCAGGGGGUGCAUCAGUGGGUGGAGGAUAUUCUCACCGCGGUGCCGCUCCUGCUUUCCCACGCCGGGAGCAGCGGAGACGCCGCCGAGAGAGGCGGCACCGCCGGCGGUGGAGCAUUGGCUGCCUCGCGAGAGGAGAAUGCGCUGCUUGCCGCCGCCGGACUCUUGACGGCGCUUGGGACGGUCUGCCAGGUGAUGGGAACCGCCUUCACUACGCCGCACAGCAACAACAUUCUCCGGGCGGUGGUGGAGGCGGCCGUGUUUGCCGUGGUGCAGGUCGCCCCGGUUGUGUCCCGCGGGGAGCUGGGGUCGCUGCUACGCCAGGCCUCGCUUGGGUGUUUGCUGCGCGUCUUUCCCUCGUGCUGGCUGAUGUGUCAGCCGUAUCUUGCACGCAUCAUUUUUGUGGCGACGCACCUGCACAACGUCGACGACGCGGAGACGAAUUAUCGCAGCGCGGAGGUGCUGGCGAUGCUGGAGGCGGUGCUGGAGCCACGCCUGUUUAUUGAGGCCUGCACGGAGUGCCUGCGUGGCGUGGCGUGGGGCCCAGCGGACGACGCACGGCGGCCCCUGCGGAUGCGUGUUGACUCACACUCGUUUGCGCUGCUCUACGCCAGCGUGCGGCGGCGCGUGGAGGGCCUCAAGCGGGAGGAACUCAUGCAUCUCAGCGAACUUGUUGAGGGGGCGACGCCGAAGGACAAUUUCUGGAUCGCCUCUCUUCACGCACUGGCCGCCGCGCCGACCCUGCCGUCCCGGGACAUUGUGCAGCCGGUGCUGGAGGCCUACCUGGUCUUCUUCCUCAAGUUCAAGGCAAAGCAGUGCGCUCGGUACCUCUCGACCGUGGCGGGGUGGGCCUUUGGCGGCGCCGCGGAGACCUUCCUGAAGCGCGUAGAGCAACAGCGGCGCGACGGUGCGGUGGAGUCUGAGGAGACGCAUGCGAGGGAUGACGCGGCGCUGGUGCCCCGCAUCACCGUCCACGGCUGGGUGCUCUUCUACGCGCUCUGCAACCACCUGCUGGAGAAGUUGGGGUCCAUCAUGGACUUUGGCUUUCCUGUGCUGCUGCCGUACAUUGUUGGGACGCUCACGGGCUACUGCUCCGCCGCGCAGCACGCCAUGCGGCACGCGGCGGGCCUCAUCGCGCUGACGCUGGAAGGCGCCCUCGACAGCGUGCGACGCAUGGCGCUGGCGCAGACGCCCGGGCCCGACCACGACCACGGCGUGCCCGUCGACAACUACCUGGAGAGGCCGGAGGUGUUCGCCUCCGUCAUGCCGGCGGUGGUGCGGCAGCUGUCGAACCUCUCCUACCUGGCGGACGCCACACACGACUACGCGUUUCGCGCGGAGCACCACGUGAUCCCGGCCGUGCGGGCCCUCUUUCAGUCCCUCACCUCCUCCAAGCUGCAGAGCCGGACGCAGAACGAGCUGCUGAAGGCGCUGCGCCACCCGAGCCGCCACGUGCGGCGCCUGACGCUGCUGUGCUUCGACGGCAUCUACGCCGACGGCGGGGACGAGUUGGCGUCGCGACUGAUGGCGGAGAUGUUGCCGGCCGUCGUGGAGCUCACGGAGGACCGCGACGACGCGGUGGUGGAGCAGGCGCGGACGCUCUGCAACAAACUCUCGGCGAUCACCGGGCAGGACGUGCUGUACGCGAUGAGCGCGUAG